CUGUCUUCUUUUGACUCCACCACACCGAGGCCUCUCCCCUCUCGGCUCAUCUGGCCUCUCUAAGGGUCAAAGCAGUGGAGCUCUUCCUCCACUCAGGUCUCUUCAGUAUAUAUAUGACAGCCUACCGCUGCCUUGGACCCUUGUCUGUGACUCCCUCCGAGAAGGAAGAAUAGGAGGCGAAUACAUUCAUCACCUGUCCUGUUGUUAGUCUGCUGGAGAGGAUUGUGUGACAUGGGCAGACCUCCUUGCUGUGAUAAGGUAGGUGUGAAGAAGGGUCCUUGGACUCCGGAAGAGGACCUCAUGCUGGUCUCCUACAUCCAACAGCAUGGACCUGGUAACUGGAAGGCUGUGCCUGCCAACACGGGUUUAUUGAGAUGUAGUAAGAGUUGUAGGCUCAGAUGGACAAACUACCUCAGGCCGGGGAUCAAGCGUGGCAACUUCACAGAGCAAGAGGAGAAGCUCAUCAUCCAUCUCCAGGCUCUUCUCGGGAACAGAUGGGCAGCCAUAGCUUCUUACCUUCCGGAGAGGACGGACAAUGACAUCAAGAACUUCUGGAACACCCAUCUGAAGAAGAAACUGAAGAAGAUGCAAAACUUCGAAGAUGAUACCAACAAAUUUGGGCUCUCCAUUCACCAACCCAUCUCCAAAGGCCAGUGGGAGAGGAGGCUGCAAACUGACAUCCACACCGCGAAGCAAGCACUUCGUGAAGCCUUGUACUUCGAGAAACCAAGUUACCACGGUGACUUGAGGCCCUCCGUCGGCUACUGCUCUUCCACAAAUGCCGGUCCGCAGGUGCCAUCUGCCACAUACGCAUCAAGCACGGAGAACAUAUCUCGAAUGCUCGAGGGGUGGAUGAAGAACUCGCCCAAGAAAAGAACUUCCCCAUCAAACUCGGACUCGUCCCAACGCUCGACGAACCACCCGGCUGCGACCGAGUCCGCGUCCAGCGAGGAGUCAGCCGCCGUUGCCAACAAGAUACUGUCACCCGCGGGGCUCAACUCCUUCCUCAACUUCGAACCUUCUGCAUCCGAGGUGUCAGACGCCAGCCUUUUCCAGGGCGAGAGUAAGCCCGACGUAGAGACUCCGAUGCCUCUGGCUUUGCUUGAGACUUGGCUCUUCGAUGAAAGCAUCGGACAAGGUGGUGCUGCCCUAGCUGACAUGCCAUUUGAUGACACUGCAGGGUUGUUCUAGUAGCAUUAAUUUUCUUGGUUAAGGGUUCCGUUCAUCGUUCUUUUUCGUGUAGGCCUUCGAAAUAAGCUUCACCGUUUCUUAGUAGUCGAUGAUUGAUCACAAAGACCCUCCAAGCAAGGAAAUAAGUGUAUAUUCUAAAGAUCUAGAUAGAAAAAGACUACGACUUUAUUCCAACCUGUAUAUGCUGUAUAUGGGGUCUGCUACGGGAACAAUUGCAACUGCUUUUUCUUUUCUCUAGUUUUUACUAGAUCAAACAUAUGUAUGCACAGCACUGCUAUGAAUCUUGGCGUUUGUUCUUGUA